ACUCUAAAACAAUGGAAGGUUACUAAUGUAAAAUGGUAUAUGAGAGAUACUCUUCAUUGUGGAAAUGGUCUUCUUUGGAAGAUUGUGAAAUCUCCAUUUCUAGUGGGAUUUUAGUAAUCAUUGAGUCACUUAUUUACAGAUUUCUACAUUGAGAGAUAAGGGAAUAAAAACAGAGAGAAAGAGAAGACGUCUAGAAAUGGAGAAGGUAGCACAUAAGAGAAGGAUAGUGCUGGUUCCCCUUCCAUUACAAGGACAUGUAACCCCAAUGAUGCAUCUUGGGAAAGCCCUUACCUUGAAAGGCUUCUCAAUCAUAGUUGCUCUAGGACAGCUCGAUCAAGUAAGCUCUUGGCAGCACUUCCCUGGUUUCCGAUUUAUCACCAUACCAGAAAGCUUACCAUUGUCUGAAGUCGACGCACUCGGACCUGUCGAGUUCUUAAUAAAACUCAACAAAACCAGCGAGGCAAGCUUCAAGAACUGUAUAAGUCAGUUGUUGGUACAACAAGGUAAUGAUAUUGCAUGUAUCAUCUACGACGAUCUCAUGUACUUUUGUGAAGCUGCAGCUAAGGAGUUCAAGCUUCCAAGUAUCAUCUUUAGCACUACUAGUGCUACACAUAAAGCUUGCUUAUGUAUUUUAAGCAAACUCAAUCCCAAGAAGUUCUUGAUCGACAUGGAAGAUCCUGAACUACAGAACAAGCUAGUUGAAAAUUUACAUCCAUUGGGUUACAAAGACCUACCAAUUGCAGGAUUUGAGCCACUAGAAAGAUUUGUGGAGCUUUGUAAGGAAGUAGUCAAAAGAAGAACAGCUUCUGCUGUUAUCAUCAACACGGUGACCUCUCUAGAGAGCUUGUCUUUGACACGACUGCAACAAGAAUUUGGAAUUCCUGUGUAUACAUUGGGCCCUCUUCACAUUACAGCUGCUUCAACAACUUAUAGUUUACUGGAAGAGGAUAGGAGCUGCAUUGAAUGGCUGAACAAGCAGAAACCAAGGUCAGUCAUAUACAUAAGCUUGGGAAGCAUAUUUGACAUGGGAACCAAGGAAGUUUUGGAGAUGGCUUGGGGUUUUUGUAAUAGUAACCAACUUUUCUUAUGGGUUAUCCGAGAUGGCUCUAAAUCAUUGCCAGAGGAAGUCGCUAAGAUGGUCUCAGAAAGAGGAUACAUUGUGAAAUGGGCACCGCAGAUAGAAGUACUAGGACAUCCUGCAGUGGGAUGCUUUUGGAGCCACUGUGGAUGGAACUCAAUACUUGAGAGCACUGAGGAAGGAGUCCCAAUGAUUUGCAGGCCGUUUCAAGGUGAGCAGAAGUUAAAUGCAAUGUAUGUAGAGAGUGUUUGGAGAAUAGGGAUUCAGGUAGGAGGGGAAGUGGAAAGAGGAGAUGUAGAGAGAGCUGUGAAGAGGUUGAUGAUAGAUGAAGAAGGUGCAGACAUGAGGGAGAGAGCCCUUGAUUUUAAAGAGAAGCUUAAAGUCUCUGUAAGAAGUGGAGGCUCCUCAUACAAUGCACUGAAUGAGCUUGUCAACCACUUGAAACAGAGUGAAAGAGGUGCGAAACAUUAAGUAACAAUUCCUGAAGAAAAAGUAAAGCUAGUGUACCUCAUGUAACAUAAAAGAUCAAGUUUAAUCUUGCAAAAGUUUAUUAUGGUUUAUUAUUCAAAUAAAUAACAAUUCAACUAUAAACCACGAUUCUCUCAAAAGGAAAUCUCUUCUAAUAGUUUUAUGGUAAAAUAUUCCAUUUCUAGGUUAAAG